UUCUUAUAUGAUAAUUCUUUAUUUCGAGAAUAAAUACUUCAAAAUAUAAAACACUUACAAUUCUUAUGCUUGUGAACAAUUUUUACUCAUAAAAUUCUCUCACAAACAUGAUAACAUGUUAGUUUCGCUUCACUUAACGAUAUAUAUGAACAGGAUAUUUACCUUGACAAUUUUUAUGUUAAUAAUCAUUUUCCAAGAAGCAGUACAGAUUUCGUUGAACAAAAGCAGUUAUGUGAAAGUCUCAUUAUGUAAUAUUACCAGGAUAAAUAAUAAUUUGAACAAAGUUAACAUUCGUGUCAGACGCCAAGUUGACCCUUCCAUCCCAAUAGUAACUUCAAAUAAUUUGAUAUAUUCGGCUGAACUGCGAAUUAUUGCUAGUGCAGUAUGCAAGUCACAGUGUUUGCAAAGAUGUUCGGAGAAAUUAAUUAAGGACUCUACUACAGACAAUAUGAUUGAAGAGAUCGUGAAAACGUUGACGAUAUUUCCUACUCAACUUCGAGAUAAAUGCAGUCAACUAUCCCCUGGAUUUUUGUAUUAUGAUGAAUGUGAACAAGCCUGCGAUUCUGAUCGUUUUUAUAGUGACUGUAUUAAAAUGUGCGAGUCUGGUGAUUCACCUGGUGGUUGGUCGUGUCUUACUGGCUGUCGAGCUUUGGAUGCAGCUUUGAAGAAACGUUCUGGUGAUUGUCCUGAACAAAUUGGACUGGCUAUUCAUCGUAUUCCGGAUUUAAUUUCUGACAAGCAGGGAGGUGAAGCCUUUCCAUCACAACAGCCUUCUCUUUUCCCGGGAAAAAGUGUUUCAUUGGAUCAAAGUAACAUGGUUCUGAGAUCUAAAUUAUCAGACAAUUCUUGGUAUGAACGUCAUGGUAGUAGUCUGAAUGAAAUAAGCAGCUGUACAGUCGAUGCAGAAUGUCCACAAAAGCAAGACAAAUGUUGUCAGUCAAAGUGCAAGCCAGCGGUGAUGAACAAAGCUAUUCUUCCACCAAUCCCCACCGUACGCAUCUUAGAAGAAAAACAUCCUCCUUCGUUUUUCGUUUCAUGGGAUAGUGGCGAAAAUGCGGCGAACAUUUCCAGUUAUCCAGUGGUUUACGUUCUACAAGUCAAGUCUUAUUUUGGUCCAGAGUUCGAUAAUCGAAUGUCCAGUCCUUGGAAAACACUAGUGAUGUCAACUUUGAAAGGCGCUCAGUUAAGUGAUCCAGCUGUUGGUUGGUGGUACCAGUUCCAAGUAGCAGCAGUCAAUCAGUGGGGUUCACUUGGCUUUGAUGUCCCUUCCCCUCCUGUCCAGCUGACAACAUUACAACCUAGUCCUCCAUCACCUCCAAGGGAUUUAACUGAUGAACUUCUAACAUUACAAGCUAAUGGGAAAAUAAAACUGCAGAUUCAUUGGAGUAGUCCUGCAAAAACCAUACUGCCAGUUACAGAAUACAGAGUUUCUUGGGGUCCUGAUUUGGCAAAUAUAGGAAAUAAUCAUGAAUUCACUGAGAAACCCACUCAGUUUGUACAUACGCUUCCAUCCUCUCAGACAAGUUAUCAACUGACAAAUCUCUAUCCAGGAUUACUUUACCGGAUUCAGGUGAUAGCGAUGAGUGAAUGGGGUUCAACACAGCUUAGAUCACAACCAAACACUUUGUUCAUUCAUACUCCGUCUGUGGAUUCGAUUCAGGAUGAAGGAGAUGUUGCUUUAAAUACCUACCUUAAAAAUUUUGAUUCUAAUACUCCUCAGUAUCAGAAGGGCAUGAAAUACUCGAAUGCUUUCAGUGGGAUCUCUCCAAAAGAAAACUCUGGUUAUAUUUCAAAUUCAGGCCAGCAGGAAGCAGCGUUCGUUUGCAACGGAACCAGUAAGAGUUUGGUUUUCAAAGGCCCAUUUUCACAAGGAUCACUAGGACCUUUAAGUUCCAUGACGACUGAAUUGUCAAUUAAAACAGAUACCGCUGUUUUCGACGGACGUGACCUAACAGCUGAACUUUCAGUAUUUGAGAAUGAAGUCUUACGUGGUCCCACGAUGGAACUGCAUCAGCAGUCAGUGAGUCCUCGCCCAAUUCUUGUCCGAUGGACACCUCAAGUUUGCAUCGAAACAGUUAUUGUGACAGGUAGUAACCUGGAUGAGACAAAUGCUUUUCAGUCGGAAACAUUAAUUGCCAAUAACCUUGAACAGUUCACCAAACCAUCGUAUAUACACGUGGAAAAAGAAAACGGACGUAAAGAGUCCCUUAGAUCAAGUGAAAAAUAUGUUCUACUGAAUCCCGUCAAACAAGGAGUUGAUAAUUAUGCAGAUGAUUCAAAGCAAACAAAAUCAAUCUUAAGACAUGCGACAUUAAAGUUAACAAAUUUAUACUUCAACUGCAGAUAUUUGAUAGAACUAUUAUCUGAUAAAGAAGAUCAAUCCAAACGACCUGAUCAAAUCUUUCAGUCAACUUACACAUCAAAGUAUAAUUUGGAAUUGUCGGCAUGGUUGUGCACACCAUCAUGUUCUACGGUGAAAUUAGCUUCAUGGAUUAAAAAGCCAAAUUGUCCUGGCACGACACAAGUUUUAGAUAUUAUAUCAGAACCGCAAGAUGUAUCUUAUAAGCAAAUUUCUAUCGGGCCAACAAUCAGUUACAACAUAUCAUGGAAGUCAGGCGUCCUCAAGUCAAAAUCUGAUAGCACUGCUGCUAAAGAAAACUACAGUGGCAAAACAAAUAAAAUAUUUUUUCCUGUGCAUCACAGGUAGGUGAUUUCAUGCUUUUAUCUGUUAUUAUUAAAAUGUAGUAUGUAUAUUACACUUAUGAUUGGUAAUUUAACAUUCAGUAUAUUCGUGGAAUGUAUUAUAUUACCAUUUGUUCUAAGAGUACUCUAUUCCGUAUUUGUAAACCCCAAUAUGGUCAUCAGCUUAGUUAAUAGCCUGGAUUAAAGCCUUUCGAAAAAUAGAGCUUAUCAUGCGAUUAUUUGGUUACUUUAAACAUAUACUGAUUUGUCAUCAGCACUUCCUAGAAAAUGUUAACCAACCAGUUGGACUGGGCGGAAGAUUAUUCUUAUUGAGUACUGUAAAAGGAUCAAAAUGUGUCUGUUUCUUAAUAGUCGUUCGUGCUUCAUUACGCUGUGAUUUAACCACCUACAAUUUAGCGACACAUUGAAAAAUCCCCACCAAACCCUUGCCUAAGUCAAUUAUUGAGUUGAAAGUAUUAGCCUUGUCUAAGAUACUUAAAUUUCUACCAAGCAACUACUUAGUCACCACAUUCAAUGACAUUAUGUAAAUUGUUAACAAGAUCUCAUUGUCAUUGUUUCACAUGACAUUGAAAAAAAAAUUUCUGAAAAGUCAGAAGAUAUACAGUAUGUGUUUGGUGAUGUUUGAUAUGCGAUGUGAGUGUCUAUGUAGCAAUAAAUUAGCACCUAAAUCAAUUAAUCUUAUGUCAUGUUUUAAAGAUGUAACCAAAUUUGAAUUUAUUUCUUUGAUUUCAGUUUUAUCAAGCCAACUUGAAGUUUUACGGUGACUAGCCAAUUUUAUUUAUGCAGAUAGGUUUUAUUCGAAACAUUUUCUAGAGACUAGUUAUAUAACAGUGUUAAAGCAUUUUAUAUUUGACCUGUCUGACAAAUGACAAUGAAAUUUGUUUGUAUGGUCCCGAAUGCAUGAAGGAUGACACAUCUAUAAUUCAUUUCAAGUGUAAAGCUUUGUAAGUUGUUGUUAAAUGUUACCAAUAAGAGACAACUUAGCAGGUGUUGGCUAAUCUUUGUAUUAACUUAGUGAUUGCCUUACAAAUAAUCUUUAUAAAGAAGAAAUUCUGUAUCAACUGCUUACGAGGAUUGUUAUUUAUAAUGUUAAACUGAGUAAAUUACUAUGAAACAAAUAAAAUGCAACCUUAAGAAAUUAUAGUACCCUAUCUGGACUUAAAUGAUGUGAAAACUUAAUAAAUUCUUUCAUUUACCUUUCGGAUGAAUUCAACUAUUUUGCUUCAUAAUUCAUGAAUUAAAUUUAUCUAUGUUUUGCCGAAUACUGACUGUUUUUAAUUGUUUAUCAGAAUUAUUUGGGGACCGAGUCGCGAUAGUGCAAUGAAAUCUGUAGUUUGGAAGUCAUGGCCGAAUCUACGUCCUCGAAUAGAUCAAACCAGAGCAGAGACAAAAGUUCUACGAAAUAGUGAAACAUCAAUCGUUUUGGACAACCUUCUUCCCAGCACAUUAUAUGUUGUCAGUUUACAGGCUAUGACUGGAGAGCAUAAUAUACCCCACUCCGAGGAUGCGUCUUUACACGCUAAAAUGAACAGUAACCCCGAUAAAGAUUAUAUGAAGUCAAGUCUUAUGCCUUUCCAGUCUAUAACACCCAACAGUGUUUAUUCACAUUUACCAAUGAAAUAUUUUGGAACAAGCAAAGAAGUAUUUAUUGCAUUUGAAACUCCUGCGAAUGUAAAUAUUUUGGAUAAUAGAAUGAAUCACAGUCAUUCCUCACAAAAAUUCCUGAAGUUUUCAAGAAACGGAUCACCAGAAUUACGACGAACACUUAGAAAGGAAAUUUACUGUCUGAUCUGGCUGGCCCUGUUUGCAUUCAUGAAAAAUUGUUAAUUUCACCGAUUAGUACGAGAGUUUUUCAACUAUGAUAAAACUCAAAUCAUUUUUGUUUAAUUUCACCCUCUUUUUCAUUUCCGAGAAACCCCACUUACCUUCUUGUGUUGUAACUUAACUGAGUUUUGUCCUUCCAUUUCUUUGUCGGAUCUUUCAAUGACUUGCUGUAUUAUUUUAUAAUAUUUACCUCAAAUAUAGGCUUUGCAGGUAAACAUCCGUGAAUGAUUUACCCAACUAAACCAGACCAUGAAGUAUUGCCUGAGUGUGUAAUCUGUUUCCGCCUUUAUCUGUGAAUUUUCAUGAUAUGACUAAGUUCACAUAACUGUCGAUAUGUUCAACAAACCAACCAUUCACAUUUACAAGUGUUUGCUUGUAUUUACGAGUAAACUUCAGAAAGAAAAUUGUACAAUGCUAUGUGUGAUAAUAUUCCCUCAUAAAUGCUUUUUAUAACUUCUCAGUUCUAGUGGUAAAAAAAUUGCAAAUUAAAAAGUCAGUUCUGCUUAUCUUCUUUAUUUUCUACCAGUAACUUCCGCUAUUUACAUGUACAUAUGUUAUUUCCCAUUCAUCCCUAUCUGUUUUCAUCGAUGAAAUCUGUGAUAUUGCAUUUAUUAUGUACAAUGAGCGAUUUGUUAGGGAAACUGUUAUUUAAUGCAAAUUUUAAUAAUCUGAAAAUAUGUUCCAAUUCUUUUGUUUUUCUACAUAAACUGCAUUACUAAAAAUCAUUUUUUUUAUUAUUUUACUAUCAGUUCACUUGUACAAAAUUCUUUGUUUCCUGCAUUCAGCAACCUGUGGCAGUAUGAAAUAUCAAGUAAAUACUGACUGGCUUUUGAUUUACGUACGGUAAUUUCUUUGGGCAGUAUUUUUGAUU